AUGCAAUUGUAAUUAUUCAAUAAAAUAAAUGAAUAAUUUGCAUCAACUUAACUUUGUAUGUAACCUAUCUUUAUUAAAUAGUAAUUUAUAAAAAGUAGGAUUAGCAUAAAUUAUGGACAGUUUAACAAAAAGAAGAGCUAGUAGCUAAUAAAAUUAGAAGAGUAAUGAGAGGAGGUCACUAAAUAUGAUUGAAAGUAUAUUUAAAGAAAAAGGUCUGACUCUAAGAGUUAAUUAAUAAGGGAUUUAUUAUGUAUAGUUAGGAUAUUCUUUUGUUGUGGAUGCAUCAUUAUAAAUAAAAAAGGAUAAGAUUAUAUGCGAAAGAUUUUUUUUAAAAGAUGUUCUGAUCAGAAUUUGGCAGAAUAUAUUAAUUAAUGAAAAAAUAAUUUUUAAUAAGACAAGACAUGUCAUUAAAGGAUGCAUUAUUUUUCAUACAGAUGAAGAUAUGAAGUUUUUUUCAGGAGACCAAAAAGAAAUGAAUCAAAUGAUAAAAGAUUACUGGCAGAAAACUAAUUAUUUAUAAUUAUGCAUAAUUCUUCUUUAAAAUAAAAGAGAUGGAAGGAAUUGAAAAUUUAUAAAGAAAAAAGAUUUCAAGGUCAAAAAUAAAAAGAAAGAAUUAGAUCUCCUUUCAUUGGCAUCAUGUAAUAGUGAUACAGGAAUCUGAUUAUGGAAUGUAAAGUCAGGAUAACAAAAGAUUAAAAGGGCAGAAUGGUUGGG